CCCGGUUGUAUUUGGCUUUGAAACCCCAAAGACAGAAAUAGCACACGCUUCCGUUGCCAACGCCACGGGCGGGUUGCGGGGCGCUUCGCCUGGUUGUUUGGUUUUUUUCUUUCUCGGCGGGCGCUUCGGCUUCCUUCCUGCUGGCUGUCUGUCUGUCUGGCCUGGUUCCUGUUGGUCUCUCUGUCGUGUGUGUGUGUGUGUGGGUCCGUAGUCAUGAUGUCGUGUGUGCGCGGCCUGUGUGUGCUGCUGGCGGCGUGUGCGGCCCUGCUGGCGUGGUUUGGCGAGGCCGCCCCGGCCCUCAAAGGCGGCACGGACUCCGAGGGGAAGGACAAGCUGAAGCCGUUGGCAAUCCCAGACGCUUGCGUGAGCGCCGGGGUGACAUGUCCCACGGACACGGAAGUAGAGUCUGGCCCCUUCAACAGCCAGCAGACGGUGCGGCGGGGCAAUUGCCGUGUGUUCGACGACGCCAGGCUCAAUGGCGGCCUGCGAGUGUUGGGUACGGACUCGAUAGCUAUCAUCCUGAACAGCGUGGUCAGCAACAGCAUCGAGGCCGACAACGGCGCUGGCAGGAUCUGUAUCGUGGACACCUCAGGUGGGAGGGAGGGAGGGAGGGAGGUUUGGCUGCCUGGGUGCGACAUCCGUGUGUGUGUGUGUGUGUUAUUUGUGUGUUCCAGUUUCUGGGAGCGUGCUUUUCAAAGAGGGCGGCGAACUCGUUGUGUCAGGCGGCAUCCUCGGAAGUGAGCUGUCUGGCUGGGGCUGGCUGGUCUUCUGUGGGUGGGGUCACUGUCGUGCAUCGCUUCCCUCUGUCCAUCAGCCAUCAGCAUAGAGGGCGGUGACGGCUCGGUGACCAUCGGCGACGGCAGCAUCAUCAAGGACGUCGAGCUCAAGGGCCCUGCUGAGAUCCCGUUGUUGAUCAGCGACACCACCGGGCCUGUGGACGGUGGCACAACAACGGGGUUCACUCUCAAGAUAGAGCUCAUUGCCGGUGAGAAGACCAUCACCUCCAGCACUGUAGACGGUGUUGAAAUCAAGGAGGGUCUGGAGACCUCAGCAUUACGAAGCCGAGAGGGUCCGAAGGCUUCGAUUUCUUGGUUGACAAUCUCGACGGUAAGGCGUCAGUCGACGGCUGUGCACCGACUUGACUCGACUUGAUUCGAUUCGAUUUGUGUGUGCAGGAAGUGUCACAGUGGAAGGAACUGACACCAGUGCUGCUCCCCUGAGCGACAUCAACAUCUCGGGAGACGACAUCAAAGGCGUCACACUGACUAAGGUCGGUGUGGACAGCGACGUCUCCAUCAGCGGCGUGUCGGCAUCCGUCACGAUCACGGCCUUGGGGGGCGAGGGCGACAUCAAGCUCGAGGAGAUCAGCGGACCUAUCACCCAUCACGGAUGUGCAGGGAGGCGGCGAGACGUUCGAGAUCACCAAGAGCGAUGGGUCGACGAUCGAAAUCCGCCAAGUCACGGAUGUCAGCCUCGCCAUCAGCGAGAGCGGACCCGUGACUGUGCAGGACAGCACCCUCAUCGCUGGUGGGUGGGUGGCUGGCGGACAUGACAUGCAUCCCCUGUGCGUGUAUUUAUGUGUGUCUGGUGCAGGGGACUUCAGCAAGCAGGGUGCGGGCGUCAUUCUCGAGAGUGUCAACUUCAUUGAGGAGCUCAAGUGUGAUUCCGAAAGCGAUGUGACGUGCACCGACGUCACAUUUACGCCGCCGCCGGGGGAGACGGCCACAUCGGACUGCGCCGUUGGUGGCCCCGCCUGCGCCGCGUAGACACACCAAGACACAAGCAGAGAGAGAG